AUGGCGGAAGCGGGAAAGGCCACAACAAACCAAAACCCAAGUUGCUUAGAUUUCAUUGAAGACUCUCUUGCAUUACUGCAGAGAGCAAGAGAGCAGGAACAAUUAAGAUCCCAGGAAAAAACGAACGAUUCUUCCUCGCCUACUAGUAAUAUAAACACGGAAAAUGGAGCAAAAGAUUGGGCCCACUCAGCAGGGCAGGAUUUUUUGAAGGCCUUUCCAAACAGAGCAAACCCAAAUUCUGGAAGAGUAUUGCAAAAUACAUGCCUAAUGUUAAUAGAACUUCUGGGAACACAGAAAACUUGGUACUCUGCGUAUGGCAGGGCUUGGAAAAAAAAAAUUGUUUUUAAAAACAAAUAUGGUGAUCAUCAACACAUUCAGGAAACAUUGGAAGGUUAUUUUCCAAGGUUGAAGUGUCAAGACGGAGCGUUUCUAUUGGCUAAAGCUGACUCAGGUGGUUGUGGGCUUCGAAAAUUAUGCAAAAUUGUAUGUCCUGCAGUUGGCUAUGACGUUCAAUAUUUAAAAGGAGAAGUUCGGUCAUCAUGUGUUUACAUUAUCCCACUGAACACUGAUAUUGAUGUCACGCCAGUUACCAAAAAUGAUUUGUCAACAGAACCCUGUAAUAUUGCAGAAUGCAAGUGCUCACAUUGUGGCGUAAUUGUGCCUUUAACAGAAUUUGAAAACCAUAAAGAACAAUGUAUGUCAGAGGAUGUGGCUGGGAUAUCAAGUACUAGCAAUGCUGAUCCUGAUAUUGCAGGUCAUGGAAAUGAUCAUGUCCAUCGUGACCAAGCAAUUCUUCUUAAAUUGAUGAGCAUAUUCCCAGAUGAAAAAUUUUCUGUUCUCCAGGAGGAAGCCAAAAAUAAAACAAUAGAGGAAGCAGUCGACUCUGUGCUACGUGUAGUAUCACCAGACAUUGAAUGUAUAAAGACAGUUAGUAUGAAGCAACGUUCUUCAGAUUGUGCUACCAGUUCUAAGUCACCAGGAAAUGAAACAAAGUGUUUUGAAACAAUAAACAACCUUAUCAAAGCUUUUAAAUGUCAAGUCAAUCCAGAAGUAGAACUUCUUUAUGUCGACAGAGAAGAGUUGUGGCGAACUGCAUUAUCUUUUUAUAAGAAAGCGAUAAAACGACCAAGUGUUUUAAAAAAACAGUUUGAGGUCCAAUUUACAAGUGCAACUGGUGAAGGUAACAGUUGUGAUGCAGGGGCUAUUAGAAUUGAAUUUUUUGAAUUACUUUUCAAAGAAUUUCAGAACCGUUCAUUGGAAGGUGAAGUUCCACUGAUGGUCCCAAGACGUUCAGAGAGCAUUACUUACCUUAUCCUUGGGAUGGCGAUUGGACAUUCAGUUCUUCAUGGGGGUCCAGGCUUUCACUGUUUUCAGCCAUGGGUUUAUGACUUAAUUGUUGGAAUGGAUUUUGACCAGAUCAUUAACCAAAUAAAUAUUGAAGAUAUCCCAAGGCAUGCUGGCUCAACAGGAUUAUUAGAUUUUGUGAAUGCUUUGGACAAUGCAACAUCACAGAAAGAGCUUGAUGAAAUUGUAGAUAAAUAUAUCUUGAUAUUAAACUUUUCGAGAUGGGACCAAAGUGUUGCAGUAACUACAGCUAAUAGACAUUCGCUAAUCAGUGAGCUGUUAAUGGACGAACUUAUUCGCAAAAGGCAGAGUCAAAUCAAAUCAAUUCAAGAAGGAUUAGAUCUUACUGGAUUCCUAGCUUUUAUCAAGGCUAAUGUGUCUAGGUGUCGACAAAUUUUUGUGUAUUCUAAGAACACUGGACUUACUCCAAUGGAGUUCCUACAACUUGUAAAAACCGACAACAACGAUGAUUAUGAGAAGAAACAAGCAUUUGAUUUUUUUUCGAAAAUUAUUACUGAUAGUUCAGAGAAAUACAUAUCAGCUGUUCUAAAGUUUAUCACAGGCCAUUCACUUGUACCACCGUGGGGUUUGUGUUCCCCCAUCACAGUUAAGUAUUUAGAUGAUGAUGACGCUCCAGAAAUUUGGAGAAAGCCAUUGCUAUUGAAGGUGUACAAUUUAUGUUGCUUUUUGAAAUUUUGCAUAAAUAAACAUUCAAUGAGAGAAAUUAUUAAAAAAUUCAUCAAGACAGUAUUUUAUCACAUUGAAAGAGAGCAUACAGUUUCCUUGUGA